AUGCAUACAAUGUCAAUUGAUUAUUUGGAUUACAAUGAUUAUGAAUUAUACAGCGGUAAAAUCCCUAAUUUUCCUAAGGAGUCAGUUAGCGAUAAAAAUAUUGAAGAAUUUUUUAAUAGCGUGAACAGUAUAGGUACAAUAAAACCAAUAGUUUCUGCUUAUUGUUGGAUAUUAAAACAAUAUUUUGACAAUAUUAACUCGAUUGAUUUAAGUGAUAACAAUAAAAUUUGCAAUUAUAUUAAAUAUUGGAUAAAAACAGAAAUUGAAGGAAAACAUAAAAAUGAUGUUCACAAUAUAUUUAAUUAUUUGAUUAAAUAUGUUAAUAAUCAUAAUUCUGUCGCAAAAUUAAAGAAAUGUAAUUUCCAUACAAAUAUCCUUGACGAUAGCAAAUAUGAAAAAAUAAAAAAACAUUAUAAUGUAUAUAAUAUGUAUUGGUUUAUAAUUAAUUGGAUCAGAAAUAAACAUCCUGGUAAUGCAUUAUGUGAUUAUAUUGUACUUUUUAUUGAUAACUCUAAUAAAUUCAUAACAACACUUAAUGAUGCUGAGGAUAAUGAUUUUCUUAACAAAUUAUAUAAUAUUAGAUGCAUAUUUGAAAGUAAUCAAUCGAUAUCCAGUAAAAAGUGCAGGAAUGAAUUUAAUGAUAAUCAGACUCCAAGAGAAUCCGGUCUUAUGAAUUGUUUUACAAGUCAUACAGACAAUCAGACUUAUUUAGAAAAAGAUUCUGUUAAAAUAUUUGCUAGAAGUAAUACCAAUAAAUAUGUUAUAAUAACAGCGGUGCUUAUUACCAUAAUAAUAGGAACAAUUUCUUUAUAUUUCUAUAAAUUUAAUGAAUCUUGGAAGAAAUUACGCUUUAGUAAUCAAAGAAAGAUAAGAAUGACAAAUUAUGUGAAUAUAUAA